CCUCCACGUACCUGGAGAGUCACCGAAAUUGUUUAAUACUGUAUACAUAUUAAUUUAAAGCAUCUUAAAUUUUUUCAAGUAAAUGUGCCUGUCCCCACACUUUUGAGUCCUUACCACAACAAUGAAAAACGGCUAUUAUUAUGACAUUUAAUCUAAGACAAACAAGUCUAGUUUGUAUUGGAACAUAAAUUACCACAUGAGCACAUUGCUGAGAAUAGACCACCUCACUACCUCACUCACAAUUAUCUGUGUCAGUAUUUAUUGUGUGUCCUUACAAUACAGCUUAGUAAUUCUGUACUUUGAACUACAUUAUAAAAAUAAAUGUAUAUUACUAUUUACUGUUUAAUGUAUAUUAAGAUGUUAAGAGUCAAAACUAAUGUAGUAGACCUUGCUAGCUGCCAAUUAGCUUCAAUAUUAGCAAAAAUGUAAUUUAUGUCUUUUACCGCAGCACAUUUUCAAUGCUUACUGUAUAUUCAAUUACAAAUAUUAAAAUCUUAAUGACUCCAUGCAAUUUUGUUGACCGUUUUACAUGUAUUACAGACUCUGAUGAUUAAAAUAAAAAUUCACAGGGGUUGAUUUCUAAAAAUUUUGGAGAGUCAAAAGUGCCCGUAGUUGCAGAAACACCCUAAUUAACUUAAACUGAACAACUUUCCGUUUCUAACAAUCUAGCAUCGUAUUUAUUUCAGUUAAAUUUCAUUAAUACGCCUUGCAGAGAACAUCUUGCAAUAAUACCAGGUAUUUUAACACCAUGUACUGUCUUUAGUUUAUUUAAUUUUUUCAUCUAUUUCAAUGUAAAGUAAAGCUGCUUUGCAACAAUGUGUCAGGUCUCGGGUCUAGCACUCUCUAUUUUGUCUGUCCUGUCCUCUGUAAUUGUUGUGUCGGGAACGUGGCUCUGUGUCCACGUGCUCCACCCGGCCCCUCUCGUUACUUUAUUAAUUAAUUCAUUUGGGUCUCCUUACUGUCUUCCCCUUUCCCGGCUGUUCCUUAUUUAUGCCUAAUUCUCCUCCCUUCAUAUUCCGUGUGUUUUCACUUGUCCCGUGUCAGACCUUUAGAGUUUAUACCCUGAUUGGACUGCCUGUUAAAUAGAUUCUUGCCUAGUCUGUCUUGUUAAUAAGUGUCUUGUUUUGUUUGCUCACCUAGGCAGGACAAGACUAGUCUUGUCCUGUCUUGGCUCCAGAGUUUAGCACACUCCUCUCUUUUACACUCUGCCUCUCUUUUACCAUUGUCUACCCAGCGACCGCUUCCCGGCUGCCGGCUUCUACCCAUCUGCCACCGGCUCCGCACGCUACCAAUUCUACCUUCAGCUGUUGGCAGAAGGAAUUCACCAGGCGAAUUCCUGGUAGUUCGAGUGACUGUCAUCUUGUGGAUUUACCCUCCAGUUUCGAGUGGCUCCUGCCUUGUGGAUUUAUUCCAGUUUCGAGUGGCUCCUGCCUUGUGGAUUUACCCCGGUUUCGAGUGACUCUCUGGCUUGUGGAUUUACACCGGUUUUGAGUGGCUUUUCCGCCUUUUGGAUUUUUUCCAGGGUUUCAAGGAACUGUGUUGCCUAUUGGAUUUAUUCCCAGAAUUAAGUACAUGUUCACCUUUGGAUUACCCUUUGUUUGGGAGUCUUCCUCCGUGUGGAUUUCGGGGUGGUGUGAACUAUCUGCCCCACGGACUGUCUUUUCGAUCCGCCGAACGUUCGUGCCUUUGGCCGGCUCCCGUUAUGGGCUGGUCAUGGACUCAUAGACUGGUGAUUGCUCCCUGUUGUUCACUUCGGGAUUCUGGCCUCUCGUGGGCCCACAGACUCUGUUAUCUUCUCCCUCUGGGUCAUCUUUCACCACAGGCCGAGUGCUCAAGCCAUUUACAUUCUUCAUUCCCACCUGGUCUGCUCUCUAGUUCUCCCGCUCUGGCGGCAUAGUUAUCUUGUGAUUCUUUGCUCCGGCGGUUUGUUUGGGGUUGUUUGAGGCAUUAAUAAACCUUGAUUUGUACCCUGCACUUGACUCCUGAGUAAUCCCUGACAGAAAGGUCUGACCAACAUGGAGUAAGCGGGGUCGGAUCCUCUUCACUCUGCCCUCACACAGCAGGGCACUCUGUUCGGACAAUAGACCACUCGACUUAAUGCCGCCGUCCAGGAACUCUCAGAUGGCGCAUCUUCGUUCUCGAUUUGACGAACUCCAGCUUGAUCCCGGGUCCCAUCCAUCGAAUCCCAAGCCCCAUGCCAACAACCCCCCAGUUUACAAUGGCGAUCCCAACUCCUGCCGUGCCUUUCUUUCACAAUGCGCCCUAGUGUUUGCUCUCCAACUCCGCCGAUACACCUCGGAGGGGUCCAAGGUGGCCUAUGUCAUCACUCUACUGUCAGGUCCUGUUCGUGAUUGGGCAGUUGGAGUGUGGGACACCGAAGCUACCUUCUGUGCCAGUAUUGAGGCCUUCCGGAAGGAUAUGAUCAGCCUUCGAUCGGACGGCCCAGGGGGACGAAGCGGCAGCUCAACUAGCCCGACUUUCCCAGAGGGGUUGUUCAGUAACAGAUUACGCUAUCCGCCUCAAGACUCUUGCUGAAACAUGUGACUGGAUGUCAAGGCUGAGAAGUGCAAAUUCCACGCUGAGUCAGUCACGUUCCUUGGUCAUAUUAUUUCCUCCAGCGAUAUCCAGGCGGACCUAGCUAAGAUAAAGGCUGUCGCCGACUGGCCCACCCCCGACUCUCGCAAGGCCCUUCAGCGCUUCCUGGGUUUCGCCAACUUCUAUCGGCGAUUCAUCAGGAACUUCGGCCUUAUACCCGCGCCUCUCACCGCAUUGACCUCCACUAAGAUCCUGCUCUCCAAUUCAUUGUUGAGGUCGACACGUCGGAUGUCUGGGUCGGCGCAGUUUUAUCUCAGCGCUUUUUACUCCCACCACCUCAACCAUGCUGAACGUAACUACGACAUUGGCAACCGAGAGUUGUUAGCGGUUAGACUGGCCUUGGGUGAGUGGUGUCAUUGGUUGGAGGGAGCAGCGCAGCCCUUCUUGGUCUGGACGGACCAUAAGAAUUUGGAAUACAUCCAUUCAGCCAAGAGGUUGUGCUCACGCCAGGCCCGCUGGGCACUCUUCUUUGGCAGAUUUCAUUUCACUCUCUCGUACCGGCCUGGGUCCAAGAACCUUAAGCCUGAUGCGAGUAGCAGAGGCUGGAUGAGGGGUGCAAACACCAGCAGAGUGUCCAGAGGGUCGGUUAUCGUUGCCAGCUGCGCUGCUUCCUGAUGUCCUUCAGUGGGGUCACUCGUCCAGACUAGUCUGCCAUCCAGGAAUUCGGGGAACGCUGACUGCCAUCCGUCAACGUUUUUGGUGGCCAUCCCUUGCCACUCAAUAGCCCUCCCGCUGGUCUGCUACAAUGAGAUGUGAAAAGCGCUAAAUUAAUUAAAUUGACUUGACUGUUCAAGUUGACGUGUCAAAGCCCAUGGAGUGUCACUUUUGAUAAAUAAAUAUAAUAAGAUAAAUCAUAAGACACAAAUAAUUAACAACUAAUAUGAAUUCUGUGGUUGUUCAGGCUCAGGCGUGGAAGGGGCGGUGACUACAUGUACUGUUGCAUUGCUGCUCAUUAAGUGAGACGAUGCGGUCUGGAUUUGACCAGUAUAUACUCAAAAAUAAAGGUGCUUAAAGGUCAUUUUUUGGUUCCACAAAGAACCAUUUAGUCAAUGGUUCUUUAAAGAAACAUCUUUCUUGAAACAUCUUUCAACUUUUUAUGACCUGAAGAACCUGUGUUUCGUUGGAACCAUUUAGACAAAAAAGGUUCUUCUAUGGCAUCGGGAAGCACCUUAUUUUUAAGAGUGUACAGUAAGUCUGUGUUUCUUCAGUCAUAGAGACGUGCUUAGCAUCAUAAGCUUGUGUCCACUGACGCCAUGGCUGUUUAACUGGUUAAGUUGUGUUAAGGAGAUAUUAGAGUAUUAGAUGUGUCUGAUAUGAUGAACGAUCCCAGUGCAGGUCAGUCAGCAACCCUUUCACAUACUCACAAUCAAUAUAAUAACAUUUUGGAUGUUUUGUAUUUGAUUUUAAUGUACAAUUUUUACACAGCUAACACACAGGAAUCUGACACGCAUAUUUCCGGUCUUGCUUGCUACAUCCCAAUUCACUUAUUUAUACUAUACCCUAAAAGUAAGAAGCUUACUGUUUUAGCGAAUGGAUAGCAUAUAAAGUUGAGUGCAUAGCAGAAACACUGUGACUGUUGUAUUGCUUAGAAAAAAACUGUGAUUCUCAUUAACAAUCACACAUUAAAAUGCAACUCCUUGCAUUUCAGCUUGCAUGUACAGUCCAUGCUUUUGAUUUGAUGAGUUCAGGUGUGUCAUAUGACAGGUUUGAAAACCCCUGAUAUGUAGCCUACAUGUGUAUGCAUACAAUAGUUAUAUACAGUACAUUUACUAAUAAAUAGACUUGUGACAAGCCCGACUUGUGACUCAUGUGACCGUCAGCUGUGCUGGUUAACAAGACAGAACUGACCUCUGUGUCACAAAUAAGAGAUGUGUGUUAAUGAGGUUAGAGAGGUCAGUAGCUCAGGCAAACAGAGGCACACCCACCCACAAUAUCAACAGCAAACAAACAAACCAAACCCAACCCAACCAAAUGGUAGUUAAAAAAUUAGUUAAAAGUUAAAAUGAUUUAAAAGUGCAAAUCAAAACGAAUGAUCAAUAACUUGAUUUUGCAAUAAAUUAGACUGUCAGGAACAGUUACAUUUUUAUCUGUAAAAUGCUCAAAAUCAAUGUUUAGUUACUGUGUCAAUUUGGGGAUCCAAAGUUGUAAUGCUUUGGUACAUUGUUAAUAUAAUUAAAGAUUUGCAGUUCAUAAUCUUCAAGAUAAUACACAACUAUUUCUGAUUGACCAUCAAUAGAGAGGUUUUUUUGCUGCACAAUGAUGUGGUUACCGUAUUCACCCCCAGGGGGUUACUUACUGUUAAUUCUAACCAGACAAACACGACCCCUUACUCUUGAUAUAAUCUGCAUGUAUUUCUCUGAACAUUUCUGAAUGACAGUUAAAGAUAGGCUUAGUCCACACAUACAUGGGUGUUUUUACAAACAGUGUUUUUGCUUCUUCGUUAAAAAAAAUCGCGUCCACACGAAAACACGGUAUGAAGCUCUGUCAAGAGUAAGCCAUAUAACCAUAUAACUAUAAAGCCAUGUUGGCCAAUCAGAAGCCUGGAAACUGACGUCAAACAAAGGACAUAGCGGCACGUAUUUCAGCGGAUUGCAGUUUUAAAAAUACCCAUGUUUGUGUGAAGAAUAACUUAAAGGGAUAGUUCACCAACAAAUGAAGAUUCUGUCAUCAUUUACUCACCCUCAGGUUGAUGCAAACCUCUAUAGAUUUCUUUGUUCUGCUGAACACAAAGGAAGAUUUUCAGAAGAAUGUCAGUAACCAAACAGAUCUCAUCCCCCAUUGACUGCCAUAGUAGAGAAAUAAAUACUAUGGGAGUCAAUGGGGGACGAGAUCUGUUUAGUUACUGACAUUACUUCAAAUAUCUUCCUUUACAUCUCAAAAAGACCUCAUGACUUUCCUAUCAAAAUACACUAGUGUUAAACACUACUGAACAGAUUAAUUCUUAAUUUGCCAGUCUAAUUAACAAAGGUGGCGAUAUUGAGCGAUACAGUAACACAGUCCAAUUACACACAAGCAGAUGGUGGUGUGAGCUGGUGGGUCUUAUAAGAAAUGAAGAGUGCACUGACCUGCUUCUUUACUCAUCUCACUGUACACGCAGGUCACUUCGAUAGCAAAGAGUAGCAUUUUGUUUACAAGCCCUCUACUGUGUGUGUGUGUGUGUCUCUGUGUCUGUGUGUGUUGGUGCGUGUGCGUGUUGUGUGUGUGGAGUGUUUUGUGUGUGGGUGUGUCUGUCUUCUGUGUUUUCAACCUUUUCUUGUUUUUGCAGGUACAACUUUGAUUGUUUUGCUUGUAGUCAAUGUGUCUCAUGUGCAGCUGCUUUGUAACAAUGAAAAUUGUAUAAGCGCUAUAUAAAUAAAGUUUAGUUGAGUUGAGUACUGUAAGACCUCAUCGUAAGGGGCCAAUCAACAUAAUGCAACACUCACAAGAAGAGGUGUGACAUAACAAACUAAUCUUUUAAAGCCUGUCUGGAUUUAAAUAGAGACAUACAUAAUCUCAUUCAGCACUUAGAGGAGCUGUCAGGGGGAAUCGAGCCCGAAGAGGGGCAAUCCAACCAGGACGAGACAGCGGUCUGAACCACCUCAUUAUCCUGUAGAGAAGUAAACCGGAAGCAGGAGAAAGAGUGUGAGAGUCAGAGAAGGUCCGGCAAAGGAGAAAAAGGUAAAUUGGCCUUUUUAGCCGUGAACGUCUUAGAAAUAUGGGAAACACCAAGAGCGGUGCUUUGUCCAAAGCGAUACUGGAUGAUCUGAAGAUGAACACCAAAUACACGGAGGAGGAACUGUGCACGUGGUACGCCAGCUUCCUCAAAGAGUGCCCUACUGGACGCAUCACCAAGGAGCAGUUUGAGGGCAUCUACGCGAGCUUCUUCCCUGAUGCCGACCCCACCGCUUACGCCCGCCACGUCUUCCGCAGCUUCGACACUAAUGCAGAUGGCACAUUGGACUUUAAGGAGUACAUUGUUGCACUGCAUCUCACUUCUUCAGGCAAGACUCUGCGGAAACUCGAAUGGGCUUUCGCCCUGUACGACGUAGACGGCAACGGAACCAUCAGUAAAAAUGAGGUGGAGGAGAUCGUACGGUCAAUAUUCAACAUGAUUCCUGCUGAAGACCAGAAAAAUCUGCCAGAAGAUGAGAACACACCUGAGAAGCGAGCGGACAAAAUCUGGACCUUCUUUGGAAAGAGUGAUAAUGAUAAAAUUGGAGAGGGGGAGUUCGUUCAGGGUGUCAUGGUAAACAAAGAUAUCUUGAGGUUGAUACAGUUUGACGAGCCAAAGAAGAUUCAGGACAAACUCAAGGAGAAGAAGCACUAAUUGCAAGUGUACCUGUGAGACUGUUCAGACCUCCAUCUCCAUUCAUUUGACAUCAGAACCCACUUUACCUGUGGAUACAUCCAGAUAAAAAUGUCUGUUCUUAUAUUGAUUCCUAGACCACCACCUGUUUAAAUACUACCUGAAUCGAAACUGACUGAAUUCUUGGCCAUGCCAUUGCUGUCCAAUUUCUAUAAGAGCAGUUAGGCUCAUGUUAACAGUCCUACUCCAGAAUACUCAAUCCUAUUAGGAUCUGAAGGUCGGGUAAGACAAAUCCCCAUGCAUGGUCCAGUGGUUCUCCUCUUUUAGAUCCCAUCAGAGUUAAUGUGGUUUAAGCUUUCAAUAUGCAUUCAUCAGACUUUGGAACGAUCUGUUUAUCAGGUGACUGGAUGAAUUGUAUAGGAUGUAUUUCUUCUACUGUGUGUAGAGAACUUUUUCUGGGAAAUUUUUAUGUAGAAAAUUAUUAAAAAGAUAUGUAACUAUUGUCAGUCAAUGUAAUCGAAUAAAUCAUUGCCCUUUCACAUCAAAAACGAUAACUAUAUAAAAAAUGUCCAACUUUCAGAGUGUUUUUUCCCAGGUGAUCCAUCCAAAAUUUAAAGGGCUGUUGCAUUUAUAAUAAAUUUUAGAAUUACCAUGACAUUAUCGUCCGGUGGUGUGGACGUUAGCUAUAGUUUUCUUUAUAGUUAUUGUUCUUGGUGUUAACCAAACUUCAGGCAUGUAAAGCGUCAGCCCCGUUCAAACAACUUCAACCUAGAGUGCAUCCCACAUGUGACUGCUUUGUUACGGUGAAUGUACCUGAUGUGUAAUGUAGAAGCCUGUUAGUGUUAGAUUAGUAUAAAUGCAUGUUGUAUGUGUUUACAAGCCUUGUUCACUCAUGAUGUGUUGGAAAUUUUGUUUUCUUUUUCAAGCAGACAAUUUUGUUUUUCUGUGCAAAUAAUAUGUUGCCAUAACUUCUUGUUUCAUUACAUUUAUUUUCAUUCAUUACACUUACAAACCCGUUCAAAAAUAGGUAUGUAGAUCAAGCUUUAAUUGACUGAUUAAGUUCAGAGUGGGAUUAGAGUCCUGAGUCCCCCAACAAGUUUAGAUUUACUAAAUUUGAAUACUAGUAAUGGCUCCAACCCCAAGUGUAUCUUUAUCAUGUUGAUGCUGCUUACAGCCAAAGCUCUAAGGACAAGCCAGAAACACAGGAGCUUACCUCCCUCUGUUCUUAAAGCGGUCUUUGGCUCAGGUUAAUACACUACAUGGCCUGGUUUCAGCACUGGGAUACUGAGCUUGAAAACAAUGGCUGGAUAUCUGCAGCAUGGCCUCUGCUGACAAAAUACAAAAACUAAAGGGUUAAGUGCCACUCUGUAGACACUCGCAAGAAUCAGAGAUCCACUGUGUCCAGCAAUGAUCUGUCUCCAUUAAAGGGAUAGUUAAAAAUGUCAAUAAUUCUUUCAUUUGCUCCCCCUCAUGUCAUUCCAAAUGUGUAUGACUUUCUUUCUUGUGCAGAAAACAAAAGAAAAUAUUUUGAAGAAUGUCCAUUGUAUGAACACAAAAACAUCGAAAUAUCUCCACUGGAAAAUAUGCAGGUGUUGAACAAAAUGAUGAUAGAAUUUUCAUUUUUGGGUGAACUAUCCCUUGUAAUGGCUUUCAAAGGCGGCAGUGUGUUCUGACAAAAGAAAACUUCACACACUUGAAAUAAACAGCAAAAAAAUAAAGUUUUUAGGCCCUCAGCAGACCAACCAUAUAGUCUCAAUAUAGUUUUAAAGUGUGAAAUAUGAGAAGAUAAGUAAGAUUCAUGACAUUUAUGAUGAACAAUGAGAUGAAUAGAAAUGUUAACAAACAUCUCUCUUCCAGAAUGUACAAACCUCUAUGAAUCUCAUUGCUCUAAACAAGAAAUGUAUAAAAAACAAUUUGAGUAUUUUUUUAUUAAUAUUAUUGACAACAUAGUCAUUUCCUGGGAAUAUUCAACAAAGACAUAAUAUUUUCAGAAACAUGUUGAGAAAUGAAUAUUAUCACUGAAGACUAGUUGAGAAAAAUCAACAUAUACAAUAUUAUAUAUAAAAGAUCUACUUUGUAACAGACAUUCAACAGAACGUUUUUCUUCUGAAUGCACAUCAUUGACAUCGAUUUUCAACACAAUACAUGUAAUUCUAGCUUGGGCAAUGCAGUACAGUAAACUUUAUUACAUGCUAAACUGAGCAAAUGUAAACCAGUCAUACCCUACAGUAUAUAAGACUUAGGGCAUAUGUGAGGGCAAUGAUUGUUAGUAAAAAAUGUUAACAAAGUAAUAAUAAUUAAUUAACUUAAAAGCAUAACCUUUAACAGAUUUUUUACUUGUAAAUGUAAGAUAUUUUUCACAUUGUCAAACAAAAAUUUGUUUUUCAUAGCGUCCAAGUGUAACAAAGGCAGCAAGCAUGUACGUUUUAGUUUCACGACUGUAGCAGUUUUACACGUAAACUUCAUGUUUGAAUUUUAAUUCUGACUUCUAAUGUCUUCCCUGUUUGAGAUGUAAAAACAAAUACAAAUCUAACAAUCAUUUUAAAGGGGUCAUAUGACAGGGCUAAAACUAUUAUUUUCGUUUGUUUUAGAUGUAAUGCAAUGUGUAUACACGAUUUAAGGUUAUAAAAUACUGUAUUUUCCACAUACCGUGCAUGUAUGUAUCGCCUCUUCGCUUUAUCUCUUCUCUGAAACAUGCACAUUUUUAUCAAAGCUCAUCGAUCUGAAAAGCGAGUUGUGCUAUGAUUGGCCAGUUAACCAGUGCGUAGUAAUUGGUCGAAUACUGCAAGCGUGUGACAGAAAUGUAACGCCUCUUAGCAUAUUUGGAACAUCAGGUUCCAAAGCAAUUGUGCUGACAGGUACACCCUGCGUAUACAUUUGGGCAGUCCUAGUCAAAUCAUACCACGAACUGACAUAGAUUUGUGGGGGUGUGGUUACACGAGGCAUUUCAGGCAGGUCUGGGUGAGCAUUCGCUUUUAGAUAGAAUGCAUAAUUUGUUUCCGACACUUUAAUUUUUGCAAUUUUACGUGUCUAAUACAUGAAUGGGCAACUUAUAACACACCAAAGACACAGAAAAACACGUAUUCGCACCAUAUGACCCCUUUAAUACAAGCUCAAAUAUUUAUCUUUCCCAAAAUGUGCUCUGAGCUGUCUGUACUUUCUUCCUCAGAGAUUGUUAUAAAUUGUUACAAAUCUUUCAGUAUUACAGUAUGUAUAAAGAUUGAAGUUUAUCUGCCAGUGACAGUCAGCUGCCUAUGACAUUGUGCAUUCAAUGUAAAACUGUGAUAUUCAUCAAGCAAAAGUUACGCAUCUCUUAAUAUGCAUCAAAGAUUUCAUUUAAACACUGUAUGACAUAGACUGCAGU